UUGAAUCUAUGAAGUCGAGCUACUCUCCGGUGGAACUGUGGACCGUUUUGGGACACUUUAAAACGUUUUCCCGUGUUCUUACCCGAGUGAUUUCGCCGGGCCUUCGACCUGAGACACUCUCAAACCUGGAGGACAAGUUGUCUCGCUGUGUUUCCGCGGGAAAAUGAGUCCAACCGACGCUAAACGAGGAGCUAAGCGCAGGAAGAACAAGCGGGGCGGUGUCAGCAGCUGCAGUGCUGUCUGCAGCAGCGGCAAGGCCUGUGCGGGGAGCUCCGGGGGUAGCUUUUUACCCCCUGGAAGCGCCAGCAACGGGAAUACAGGCUCCAUCAACGGAGAGGUCAAUAUGAACAACAGUGUGGCCCCACAGUUCACUGAAGGAGCCGUGAACGCUGAUUUCUCCAGUGUGCUCCAGACUCCAUUCACGUUUGGUCUGAACCAGCGAGCGCCAUACUCCGCAGGAGACCGCUGCCUGUUGUGUCGUUGUGAGAGGCCCUCGGACUCCGGGACCUCCGGACAGAACGGCCCCAGCGGCUCUCUACAGCUCCCCCUAUGGGUGUGUCCUGACUGCAGGCACACUGUGGAGAAGGAGGAGCGGCACACUGCUCUGGAGCAGCCCGCGGGGUGUCAGAACUUCCUGUUGCACAUGCCGAUGGGGAAUGGAGCCGUGACGCAGGAAGUCGCCCUGGGGGACAGACUGAGCAGCGCCGCCCCUCCCCUCCCCACGCUGCCCGCCCCGCCCGCACCCCUGCCCACUGACGCCGUAUGCAGCUGCGACGCCUGCAACGAGAGGCGGGAGAUCUCUGCAGAGUCUGAGAGGGAGUCCCAGCAGCUGCAGAACCACUGGUCGGAGGUGCGGUACUUGGUGCGAUGCAUUUACCGUCAGACAGGCACACCCCUGGCAGAUGACCACGAACAGCCGCUCGAGCGAGACAAGGAGGGCAUGAAGGAGCUGGUGGACAGAUUGUGUGAGAAGGACCCUUACCAGCUGUACCAGCGUCUGGAACAACAGGCCCGGGAGUACGUGCUAGAGAUGAAGGUGCGCCUGCUGAGGCACCUGUCCGUGGGGGGGUCAGGGGGCAGUGUGUCCCAGGGCCCCCCUCAGGCGCAUCAGUUCAUCUCUCUGCUGCUGGAGGAGUACAACGCUCUGUGUCAGGCCGCACGCAGCAUCAGCAGCUUCCUCCUCACUCUGGAGAACGAGCACCUCCAGAAGUUCCAUGUGACGUGGGAGCUGCACAACAAGCACCUUUUUGAGAAUCUGGUAUUCUCAGAGCCCAUCCUGCACAGCUGUUUACCUGCACUGGUCUCACAGCUUAAGCACGGCACAGCCUCUCACGACUCGUACAGUGAGGACAUGUACAGGGCCCUGUUGGAGCAGUACCAGCAGCUGCAGCAGGAAAUGGCGUCUGUGGCGGCGCAGUGGCAGGAGUGUGAGAAAAGGAUCGAUGACUACGUAGAUGAACAGCUUCUUUUCAAGGCUGAGGGCCAGAGUCUUACUUACCAAAGAACAGAACCUCAUAAGUCCCUGGUUAGCAAAAACACCUUAAAGACCAAGCAGCGGAUGUUGAAGGAGGACUGGGAGUUUUUCAAGCAGAGGAGGUUUCUGGAGGAGCAGAUGCCCAAUAAGAAGUCCAGCUCUGGAGACAACUUCACAGACACAAUGAGGAUGCUCUCCUCGCGUUUAAGUAUCCCCGACUGUCCAAACUGCAACUACCGCAGAAGGUGUACCUGUGAUGACUGCAGCCUCUCGCACAUCCUCACCUGUGGCAUCAUCGACUCUCCCAUCGCCGAGGACCUGCACAUCAAACUGCCCCUGCAGGGGGAGCCCUCCCGGGACUACCUCUCUGAGGUGCACCCUCCAAGCCUCUCUUCCGACACCUCCGCCUCCGGCUCCAACUCCAGCUCCCCCAUCACCAUCCAGCAGCACCCGCGGCUCGUCCUCCCAGACGCUGACCCCACGUUUAUUAGCGAUGACUAUGAAGUGCUCCCCUUGUCCAGUAAGUUUGGGGACAUCUACCCUUUGAGCAGUUAUGAGGACGGCAGCGUCAGGUCCUCUGUGAACGGACUUCACCAUGAGCUGAACGGGGAGGGAGAAAAGACACUAAAGACUGUGUCUCCUCACUUAACCAGCAGCAGCAGUUCGUCAGAGGGGGACGAGGAAGAGGCCGAUGGUGGGGAGCCUCCGGGGCAGCAGGGGGAGCUAGGCAAAAUUCACAGCCCCCCACCUUCAUACAGUCACCAGCAGCAGGUGGCGCCGGUGCAGCAUGCUUGCGAGUGUCACGUUUGCACUCAGGACCCAGGCUCCACCGCUCUGGGCCCUGCCUCCUGCCUGCCUCCCGGCCGCCUCCACAGCGCCCCCCCUCCUCCCACAGUGGGGCACCAGUUCUUCACAGACGCCAAGACUCCGCCCACCACCCACCCCGCUCUGCACCUGUACCCCCACAUCCACGGCCACCUGCCCCUUCACAACUUCCCCCGACCCCUACUGCACCCGACCAUGUACCCGCCAAGCCCGCCGCUGUCACACAACAAGCCCGUUCCUCCCACCCCCACGUCCAGUCACUCAGCCGCCAAACAGCCUGCCUUUAGCCCAGCCUUACCGGAGCACGUGUACCCAAACUGUUUCAGCUCACCGGCAGGCACAGGGGACUGGAACAGCUCCCUCCAGUGCCUCUCUCUCAAGUUCGAGAACCUGUGGGACGCUGCUGUUAUGAAGAGUUGGAACCCCUCUGUGCUGCUGCCAGACUCUUUACCAGGAGACAUGCUGGGACCACCCAUGGCUGACGUGCCCCUCCCCCCAGCCUCACCUCUCGGCCCCCAGGCGGACCACUGUCCCCUCCCCGCCGCCCCCUCUUCCUCCUCCGUUUCCUCGUCCUCGUCCUCCUCAUCGUGCUCCUCGACAGAUGCCAAAGAGCAGAGGAAGAGCGGUGCCAAGAAGAAGUGUCUCUAUAACUUCCAGGAUGCGUUCAUGGAGUCCAGCCGGGUUGUGAUGGCAACCUCUGCCUCCACAUCCUCCGUGUCCUGCACCGCCACCACUGUCCAGUCCAAUGAUGUCUUUCACAGUUUGGGUAAAGAGGACCACAGACCCCCCUGUUCCAGUCCCAGAGGCAGCUCCACCGGCCUGAGCUCCCUCCCCCCACUGUCAGGCCCCACCCUGCUCCCCACCCCCACCUCGCAUCUCCCCACGAUGGCCCCUCCUGCCUUCCCCAAGAUGGCUGCCCCGGCUCCAGACUUUAGCGAGACUCACCACGGCCUGUGUCUCCCCCCGGGGGAACCACCGGUGUCAUCCACAGAGGGGCCGGGCAGCACCCCGCCCAGUGUCUGCAGUGAUCCCGACUGUGAGGGUCAUCGAUGUGAGGGUAACGGGCCGUACGACGGGGAGGAGAGCCAAGACGAGGACAGCUGCUCUGAGCACAGCUCCUCCACCUCCACCUCCACCAACCAGAAGGAAGGGAAGUACUGCGACUGCUGCUACUGCGAGUUCUUCGGACAUGGAGGGCCUCCGGCCGCUCCCACCAGUAGAAACUAUGCAGAAAUGCGGGAGAAACUGCGCCUGCGGCUGACCAAGCGCAAAGAGGAGCAGCCGAAACGCGAGGAGCAGCCGCCGGUGGUGGACAGAGACGGAGGGGUAGAGGACCACAGGAGGGUGGAGGACCUGCUGCAGUUCAUCAACAGUGCAGACAGUAAACCUCCGUCCAGCUCCAAGGCCGCCAAGAGAGCACGGCACAAGCAGAAGAAGCUGGAGGAGAAGGCCCGUGUGGAGGCAGAGGUCCGUGAGCGAGAAGAGCAGAGGCAGAGACAGGAAGAGGAAGAGGCCGCGCUUCAGAAAGAACUGCUCCGCCUCCAGGAACUCCAACACCAGCGUGCCGCCAAGAAGAAGAGGAGGGAUAAGGCCAAGGAAAACAUGGCCCCCACGCACAACAACCCCCAGCCCCUCAAACAGACUGCCCAGAACGUACUCGACAGCCUCCAGAGCCUCAUCCGCCUUCCCGACCCCAAAGCGCCCAUGGGCCCCUGCCCCAACCGCACCAGCGACAAGACCCUCAGCACGGACACCGCCCUCACCCCCACCCUGCACAACAGCACAUUCCCGCACAUUGAGGAGAAUGGGAAAAGCAAGAGCAAGCAGACAAAAGUGGCUCCGAGCGAGACCCCUGCACCCAAGAAGACCCCAGAACCAGGCCCUAAACUCACCAACGGGACCCCCCCUCCACCCGCAGACACCAAAGCUUCCCGCCUCCGGCCUCUAGAAGGUCCCCUGGUCCCAAACGCAGAGGUCAGGCCCAACAACAGAAGUGGCAGCGGGAAGAGGCCGCAGCAGGCGGUAGUUCAAGUGAAGGAGGAGCGCCACAGUCUGCCGCUGAAUGACCAUUCCCCCUCCCCCCCGCCGCCCGUCUCAGCACCCCCACGGCAGGACCAGAAACCCGCCACUGCAGAGUCCCCUCAGCCAAAGUCCAAGAGCAAGAAGAACAAGAAGAAGAAGGGUGACAAGCUAAACACAUCGAUUGAUGACGUUUUUCUGCCCAAAGACAUCGACCUGGACAGCACUGAAAUGGACGAGACUGAGAGGGAGGUGGAGUAUUUCAAAAGGUUCUGUUUGGACUCUGCGAGACAAACACGCCAACGACUUUCCAUCAACUGGUCCAACUUCAGUUUGAAGAAGGCCACUUUUGCUGCUCACUGAAGUCACGGGUCACAAUCGGAACACAACUCCGCCCCCUCUCCUGGACUCUGCCCCCUCUCCUGGACUCUGCCCCCUCUCCUGGACUCUGCCCCCUCUCCUGGACUCUGCCCCCUCUCCUGGACUCUGCCCCCUCUCCUGGACUCCGCCCCCUCUCCUGGACUCCGCCCCCUCUCCUGGACUCCGCCCCCUCUCCUGGACUCCGCCCCCUCUCCUGGACUCCGAUCUCUCUCCUGG